UGUAAAUUGGAAUAACACUGACUAGCUUCCAGUCAGCAGGGACCUUGCCAGACUCCCAAGACCUUUGGUAGAUAAUUGAGAGGGGUCCUGCUGUAACAUCCACUAGCUCCUUCAGUACUCUGGGAUGAAUCCCAUCUGGCCCCAUAGACUUAGGAACAUUCAACUGAUACAACUGGUCCCUUAUAAUUUCAGUGUCCACAAACGGAAAGUCACUGUUCCUGCAGUCAUGGUCCUCCAACUCAGAUGACCAGGCAGCCCAAGGUCUAUCAGUAAUAUUAUUAUCAGUGUUCACCCCAUCACCCUGUAGUCACCAACGGGGGGAUGCUGGGCACCAUCCAGCCCCACAUCUGAGCUGAGGCCCAAGCACUAUGUCCACCCUGGCCUAAGGGUCAUCAGGAGCUGAACACAAACACCCAUCUGGAAAAGUGACUGCAUCCUGUGGUGUCUCCAUGGGGAUGAGGGGUGCAACCACCUUCGGCAAAUGGAUACCCACAGCUUGGAGCUAGCGGCAUUGGUUUGAUGGCUCAACAAGUAGAAAAUCCCCAAAAGCAAGCCAAGUGCUGCCUUUGCCCAUAGGAGGAAGCAGGGGAGGCCAGAGGGCUGUCCAGCAGUGCUGGGUUGUUGGGAGAGCCUGUGGGACUUUGUUCUGCAGUCACUAAGGGAGGCACGAGGUGUUAUCCAAUUAACCCUCUUGCUGCAUGUGCCUGGAGAUAUCUGCCACAGCCAGAGUGACCUGACAGGGCCCUGGGAAGACACAGCUGAGGCCUCGGUGACUGGCAUGAAACAGCAAUGCUGAUCACAAGGCAAGAGAUGGGUGAAUGGAAGGGAGAUGGAAGGUGCCAUCACCAAGCUAUGGGUUCUGAUGUCACUGACAGAUGGGCUGUGACACCUCCAGGUGAUAGACUGUGACAUCCCUGAGCAAUGGAUUGUGAUGAUGCAUCCCUUGCUGCUUGUAUUCGGGUGCCGAGUCUCACCCAGUCGGCUCACGCCCGCACUCCAGCUGAGUGAGUACGCAAGGUUUGGAGUGUCGUGCAAGGCUGUUGUUGGAGCUGAGGUCGUGCCCGGGAAGUUGUUGAGUGCAGCUCUCUGUGCCUGACCCCAGAGCCAUCAGAGGAUUUUCCCCAGCCCUUCCUCGCUCAGGCAGCCAGGGCACCAGGAGGCGUGCUUGCAGCAGCAGAGGUGAGCUGUGCAAGGAAACCUUACCCUGGGGAGCUGGGAGGGUUUCCUUCUUGAGGGACCUGGGCAUUUCUUCCACCCCUCAUCAGGCCAGCCAACAAUUGUGGCCCGUCUUCCUUUUCUAGCCUGACACCCGCUGCUGCAGCGGCAGUGAGAGGGAGAGGUUUGUCGUCCCCAGCUCCCCCCAGCCCACCGCAGCACAUGGAGAACAUGGCCACAGAGCUGGAGAACCACUGUCCAAUAUGCCUGGACAGCUGUGAGGAGGCCAGCUACGUGAUGCCGUGCCUCCACCAAUUCUGUUACACCUGCAUCCUGCGGUGGGCUGAGAGCAAGCCUGAGUGCCCUCUCUGCAAAAGGAGGGUGAGCUCCAUCUUGUGCAAUGUGUCUCAGCAGGGCGAAAGCCAGAGACGCUUGUACAGAGAACUGCUGAGAAACUACAAUCGUCUUGAACGACCAGUAGUGAAUGACUCCCAACCCCUUGUAGUCGAGCUCCAGCUUUCUUUGCUGCAGAUAAUUGAUGUGGACGAGAAGAAUCAAGUGUUGAUCACAAAUGCUUGGCUGCAGAUGUACUGGGUUGACGUUUACUUGUCUUGGGAUCAGUAUGAAUACCCAGGGGUGCAGAACUUGCGAUUUCCAGCCAACCAGAUUUGGGUACCAGACAUUCUUCUGUAUAACAGUGCGGAUGAAAGAUUUGAUGCGACAUUUCACACAAAUGUGCUGGUGAAUUACUCUGGAUCCUGCCAAUAUAUUCCUCCAGGCAUUUUGAAGAGCACAUGUUACAUUGAUGUCCGCUGGUUCCCCUUUGAUGUGCAGAAGUGUGAUUUGAAGUUUGGCUCCUGGACUCACAGUGGCUGGUUGAUUGACCUGCAGAUGCUUGAGGCUGAUAUUUCCAACUACAUCUCAAAUGGAGAAUGGGAUUUAGUGGGUGUCCCAGGAAAGAGGAAUGAGAUGUACUAUGAAUGCUGUAAAGAACCAUACCCAGACGUGACGUACACCAUCACCAUGCGCCGACGCACCCUCUACUAUGGCUUGAACUUACUUAUUCCCUGCGUUCUCAUAUCUGGCUUGGCACUGCUUGUUUUCCUUUUGCCAGCUGAUUCGGGGGAGAAGAUUUCUUUAGGUAUCACUGUCCUGCUUUCCCUGACCGUAUUCAUGCUGCUUGUGGCUGAGAUCAUGCCUGCAACUUCUGACUCAGUCCCACUAAUAGCCCAGUAUUUCGCUAGCAUCAUGGUCAUCGUUGGUCUGUCUGUGGUGGUAACAGUGCUGGUUCUGCAGUUUCACCAUCAUGACCCGCAAGGAGGAAAGAUGCCCAAAUGGGUCCGUGUCAUUCUGCUGAAUUGGUGUGCUUGGUUUUUACGAAUGAAAAAACCUGGGGAAAAAGUAAAGCCCCUCUCUUGCAAAUACAGCUAUCCCAAGGAGCAUCUGAGUGUAAACAGCAUGGAGAUGAAUGUCCUACCUGGGCACCAGUCCAGCAAUGGCAACACGAUCUAUAGCUACCACACAAUGGAUAAUCCAUGCUGCCCCCAGAAGAAAGAUCUGGGUAGCAAGAGUGGAAAGAUUACUUGCCCCUUACCAGAAGAUAUGGAGCUUGUUCAAAAGAAAGCUUUAAUGGAUACUAUUCCGGUGAUUGUGAAGAUCCUGGAGGAAGUCCAGUUCAUAGCAAUGCGCUUCAGGAAACAAGAUGAAGGUGAAGAGAUCUGCAGUGAGUGGAAGUUUGCAGCUGCUGUCAUAGACAGAUUAUGCCUGGUUGCAUUUACCCUUUUUGCCAUCAUUUGCACAUUUACAAUACUCAUGUCUGCUCCAAAUUUUAUAGAAGCUGUUUCAAAGGAUUUUGCAUAAGGAUUUCAAAGAUGAGCGCGAUAAUUUAAAAGUUAGUAUUGCCAGUAAUUUUGCUAGGUAAUUUAACUCAAAUAGAGAAGUGUACUUAUAUGUGCUAACAUACACAGAUGGGGAUGAAAAUAAUUUCAGGAGGUAAUUAUUCCUGAUGUUAGUGAUUUUAGUUACUGAAUAGUAAACAUAUUGAGCUCUGUUACUUAUUUCAUAGACUAGUGCCCUGUGUACUUAUGUCAUGAUCUGUGACAAAUGAUAGACAAGAAUUCAAAUCUACAAUAUUACAAGUUAACACUAGUAUCAAUGUGUUACUAUGAAUUUGUGAACUUUUAGAUACUGUUAAUAAUUUAAAUGAUCAUUGUUGACUAUAAGCUUUACAGCAUUUUGUUGUUUUCAGUAUAUUUGUGGUUUACCAUUUUUGUUUAUUGUGGCUGUGACAUUCACUUCUCAGAUUUGACAGACAUAUGUCUACAGUCUUAUGAUCCUGUAUACUGUAUUUAUGAAAAUAAACUAUCAUCAUGUUAGCUCUUA